AUGAUAAAUGAAGACAACACAUUUAUAUCUGCUGAAAAUGUUAUGAAUGAUAUAUAUGUAUUAAACAUAAAUAAAAAUAUUGAUAUAGAUAUUAUCCAAGAAGGAUUACUUAAAAAAGUUAUAGGAGAUGAAGAUUCUAAUAGCAUAUUAUUUUUAGAAGAAAAUAGCAAUUCAAAGCAUGAAUUAACAAUACUUAAUAUAAGUUUAAAAGUAGACGAAAAAAAUUAUAUUCCUAACAAGCAAGAGUUAAGAUAUACUGAUAUUGAAGUAACUAUUGAUUUUAAUAAAAAAGAAUUCAUUUACAGCUUAGAUAAUUCAAAAUUGCAUAAAUGUCAUUAUUUUAAACUAAAAAAUAAGUUAGAUUGUAUUACUAAAGAAAAGUUAAAUUUUAAGGAAAGUAUUUUAUAUUUGUAUAAUACUAUCAAUGAUAAAAAAUUUAUGAAAUGCCCCUGUUGCAUAAGUGAAGAUAGCCUUACGUUAAAUGUUGAAAACAGAACGCAACUCUUGCAUCAUAAUGAAAAUAAUUUAAAAAAUCAAGAUAAUGAAAAAAAUGAUGUUAAAAAGUCUAUGAUAAAAGAUAAGUGCAUAGAUGAAAAAGAUGCGAUUGAACAAAAAAGUAUAUCAUUUUUAAACAAAAAUAUACAGUCUAAUGAUAUAUUAUCAUCCUUUGAAACAAAUAUAUAUUCAAAUAAUGAAAAAAAUGAACUAAAUCAAAAAAAACAAUGUAAAUCUUAUUAUUCUAAGGGAACUCCAAAUGAAAUAAUAAAAUGUGAAUAUAAUAACAUAAAAAAUAUUAAUGAAACUAAAAAAGAAAAGAACAAAGAAAAAAAUCAUUUAAAGAGAAUACAUGAAGAUAUAGAUUUUUUGGAAAGUAAAGAAAUAAAUGAAAAUGGAUAUGAAUUAAAAAUUUGUAAUAAAGAAAUAAAUAAAAAAAAUGAUAAAGUGCUAUUUUCAUUAGAAGAUGCUGAAGAAAUAAGUAAUUUUCUUAAAGAUAACAUAAAUAAGAAAAACGAACCAAAUAAUAUAAUUGUAGAAAAAAGUGAAAAAGAUAUAAAAAAGGUUGAAGAAAAAGAAGAAGAAGGAGAGGAAGAAAAGAAAAAAAAAAAAAUAAUGAAAAAUAUAAAUGAAAGUAUACCUUUAACAGUUAUGUUGUCCAAUAAAGGAAAUGAAAUAUGCAAGAAAAUAAUUGAAAAAUAUUCAAGAUAUUACAGGGAUUUUAUAGAAGAAAAAAUUUUAGGUUGUGGGGGAUUUGGAUAUGUAAUGAAGGUAAAAAACAAACGAUUUAACAUUACGUAUGCAUUAAAAAAAAUAACUUUAAACAAUUAUAAAAAAGGAAACUAUAUGAAUACAAAUUUUGAUAUUAAUGAGAAUGAGAAUAAUAGCUAUAUAAUGGAGGAAGCAAUCAUGAUUGCAAAAUUACAACACGAAAAUAUUGUAAGGUAUUAUGAUGCUUGGGUAGAAAACAAUAUUGAUUACUAUUUAUAUAAUGAAGUAUUAAAUAAAAAUGAGAAUAGGAAGAAUAAAAAGAAAGAUAUUUAUAUGGAAGAAAUAAAAACUUUAUGUAAUUAUUAUAAAAAAAAUAAAGUUACGAAUAUUAAUGAUAAAUAUUUAUAUAUACUAAUGGAAUAUUGCCCUGGAAAAACUUUAAGAGAAGCAAUAGAUUGUGGUUUCAUAUAUAAAAAUGAAAAACUAAUAUGGGAAUUGAUUAAACAAAUUCUAAAAGGAAUAGCAUAUAUACAUGAUAUGAAAAUAAUGCAUAGAGAUAUAAAACCAUCCAAUAUUUUUUUACAAAUAAGUGAUAAUAUCCUAACAGCUAAAAUUGGAGAUUUUGGAUUAACAACAAAAAUUGAUAACAAUAAAAUAAAUCCAUCAGCAGGAACAGUUCACUAUAUAUCACCUGAACAAUUAAAUGGAGAACAUUUUGAUCAAAAGGCUGAUCUUUUUUCUUUAGGUGUAGUGUUUUUUGAGAUGUUUCAUGAACCUUUUUCUACUUCAAUGGAAAGAUCGAUUGUUCUAUCUAAUUUAUUAAAAGGUAUAUAUCCUGAUUAUAUGAAAUCAGACCAUAAGAAAUUUCAAUUUUUAUCUAGUCUAUUAGCUAUAAAUCCUCAAGACAGAUCUUGUGCUUAUAGUUUACUACAUGAUAACUUUCUUUUUUCUUUUGAAAAGGACUUUACAGAAAUUUAUAAUUUGGUAGAAAAUAAAAGAAAUUGUGAGGAAGUUCAUACAAUUAUUAGUACUCUAUUUGAUAAGUUUGACAAUAUGAAAGAAGAAAAAAUAAAAAAAAAAGAAGAUUUAUUAACCUUUCAAACUGCUAAAGUAUUCACUGAAGAUACAGAAAUAAAAAAAAAUAUUAAAAAAAAAAUUAUUAAAUCACUUAAAAAUAGAGGUGCUAUUUUUAUAAUUACUCCUAUCAUUUUACUAAAUAAGUAUUAUAUAGAUUUUGACAAUACUUUUAUUGAUGAAUAUAAUAGUUCAUAUGUAAAUAAAAAAAAAGAAAAUAAAAUAGCCAAUAUUUAUGUUAAUACAAAUAAAAAUAAAAACUAUAAUAAUUUGUUCUAUAUGUUAGAUAUAUAUGGAAAUACUAUUACUUUACGUUUUUCGUUUUUUUUAUCUUUUUCGGAAUAUAUAUAUGAAAACAUUGAAUCCUAUAAUAAAUAUAAUGAAGCUAAUUUUUUUUUAAAAUUUUAUACAUAUGGUUUUACAUAUAAAAGCCAAAUAAUAAAAAAUAAGCAAAUAAAAAGGGAUCUUAAUUCAAUAUAUCCAGAAGAGGUAGAAAAAAUAUUUUACUGCAUUCUAAUAAGUUCUAAGAAUAUUUAUGGGCAAGAAGAAUUAAACUAUCUUUCUAUAUUUUCCAAUGCAGAUAUAAUAGUAUCUGUUUAUAGUUUAUAUAAUCACAUAUCCUACUUUAAUAAAUUGUUGUUUGUAUGGUCUUAUAUAGAUUUACUACCCGUAAUAUUAAAUGAAUGUUUUGAAGUUCCUGAAGAUGUAUCUUAUGAAUUAAGUAUUCAUUUAAAAAAAAAUUCUACCAUAUUAGUUAAUAAAUCAUCAAUUAGUGCUAUAGUUCAGAAAUAUAAAACAAUUGAUAAUAUAUCAAAAAUAUCAGAUUAUAUAUUCAAUUUAUUUCAAUUAAAAUGUGAAAAUAACAAGGUAGAUGAAUAUUUAAACACUUUAAAUAAAUUUAUAUUAAAUAUAUUAAAUAAAAAGGAUACACUUUUAAAUAGUAAAAGUAGUACUACUUAUAUGGAUAUAUCAAAUGUUAGUAGUAGUUUAGCUAAAGUAUCAUGUGACAUUUUAAAUAAGAAUAAUAAUUUCCAUGAAAAUAAAGAUGAAAUAAAUAAAAUGAAAAUUUUUUUAUUAUUAGACAAGGUAAAAAAAAUUAACAAUUUUAUAGGAACAAGUUCUAUAAUAGAUAACACAUGUUUUGACUUAUUUUUAAAUUAUGAGGAAACUGUAUUUUCAAAUGAAAUUAUAUUUUAUGUGAUAUCUGAAAGCAAAAAUAAAGAUAUAAUAGCUUAUGGAGGGAAAUUUGAUAAAAUCAUUCAAAAUAUGAAUAGUAAUAAUAAAAACUUAUUAAAUAUAAAAGCAUAUGGUGUGGAAAUUAACUUAGAAAAAAUAUAUUUAAAAGUAAUAGAAUCAACUGAAAAAUUAUCAUUUAAUAUCCAAUCAAAUGCAACAUCAGAAAAGUCACAGAUCUUCAAAAAUUUUUUCUUAUCAGUUGAUCAGAAUAAUUUUGCAUGUACAAAUCAGUUGAUUCAACCGUCAUUAAGUAAUCAUCUUAAUUAUUCUUCCCCAAAAGUUUUAAUUCAAGUAUACGAAAUAACAAACCUAUUAAUUGCAUACGAUUUAUCAAAAAAAUUAUUAAGUAAAAAUAUAUCAUCGUAUACCUAUUUUUCUCUUAAUGCAAAUUUAAAAAAAAAAAUGAAAAAUUUUAAACCAAACAAAAUUCAAUUUGUUAUAACAAUCAAAUCUAAUAGUAAUGAUACCUCAUUUAAUCCAUUAAAUCCCAUAAAAUUUAAUGAAGUUAUAUAUAAAGUGUUUAAUGGUAAUAAUCAAGAGUAUAAUUAUAUGCAACAAGAUGAAUUAAUAAAUUACAUAAUUAAAAAUAUAUAG